AACUUGAAAACUGUGUGAAGGAAUCCGAAGCAGAUGAGAAGGGAGGAAAAUAAAACAAAGUGGAGGCUGCAGAAAAGACUCAACCUAGUUGAUUGUAUCGGCUGACGCUCCCGCGGAGGGGCUGGGUUGGUUUUUUUCCCUCCCAUUCUCUCUCUUUUAAAGCUACACCAGCUCUCUGACUCUACUAUCUCUGUAUCACACCAAACCCUCGCCGGCUCUUAUGGGCAUGAAACACUCCUCCCGCUGCCUGCUCCUAAGGAGGAAAAUGGCGGAGAACGCGGCCGAGAGCACCGAGGUGAGCAGUGCCCCCCCGCAGCCCCUCCAGCCCGCCAUCCCACCCAAGCCUGUGCAAUGUGUCCAUCACGUGUCCACUCAACCCAGCUGCCCAGGACGGGGCAAGAUGUCCAAGCUGCUGAACCCAGAGGAGAUGACCUCCAGAGAUUAUUACUUCGACUCCUACGCCCACUUUGGGAUCCAUGAGGAAAUGCUGAAGGAUGAGGUGCGGACGCUCACUUACCGGAACUCCAUGUACCACAACAAGCAUGUGUUCAAGGACAAAGUGGUGCUGGAUGUUGGAAGCGGUACCGGGAUCCUUUCCAUGUUUGCUGCCAAAGCAGGGGCCAAGAAGGUGUUUGGGAUUGAAUGCUCCAGUAUCUCCGACUACUCAGAGAAGAUCAUUAAGGCCAACCACUUGGACAACAUCAUCACCAUAUUUAAGGGCAAAGUGGAAGAGGUGGAGCUGCCUGUGGAGAAGGUGGACAUCAUCAUCAGUGAGUGGAUGGGCUACUGUCUGUUCUAUGAGUCAAUGCUCAACACAGUGAUCUUUGCCAGGGACAAGUGGCUGAAACCUGGAGGGCUUAUGUUUCCAGACCGGGCAGCUUUGUACGUGGUAGCGAUUGAAGACAGACAGUACAAGGACUUCAAAAUCCACUGGUGGGAGAAUGUCUAUGGCUUUGACAUGACCUGCAUCCGGGACGUUGCCAUGAAGGAGCCCCUGGUGGACAUCGUGGACCCAAAGCAAGUGGUGACCAACGCCUGUUUAAUAAAGGAGGUGGACAUUUACACGGUGAAGACGGAGGAGCUGUCAUUCACGUCUGCCUUCUGCCUGCAGAUACAGCGCAACGACUAUGUCCACGCCCUGGUCACCUAUUUUAAUAUUGAAUUUACCAAGUGCCACAAGAAAAUGGGGUUUUCCACAGCCCCUGACGCCCCCUACACCCACUGGAAGCAGACUGUCUUCUACUUGGAAGAUUACCUCACUGUCCGGAGGGGGGAAGAAAUCUAUGGGACCAUAUCCAUGAAGCCAAAUGCCAAAAACGUGCGAGACCUCGAUUUCACAGUAGACUUGGAUUUUAAGGGACAGCUGUGUGAAACAUCUGUAUCUAAUGACUACAAAAUGCGUUAGCACAGGUGGGAGGCUGCAGAGAGCGAGAGAGAGACGAAACUCAUCUCGAUCUGCGGCGCUGUAACAAGGGACACUGUUUGCAGGACUACACACUCGAAAACCAGAGUUUUAAAUUCUGCCUUGGAGAUUGGUGAACCCACCAGGGCUCCCGCGGGCCCUGCCACUGGACUGAGAGCCUCCAGCUCCUCAGCUCUGCUCUGGGAGCCUCUCACAAUGGCUUUGUUGCCGCCAACAAAGAGCAACCUCCAGGGCUGCGGCUGGGCUGAGGAUGGAGAAGUCCACAUGCAUACCCAUCGUCCUCCUUAACUGUGAAUCUCCAGGUCUUCCAAGUUUUGCAUGCUGCAGGCGACUAGGACAGAUUGCUUCACUAGAACCUGGAGUGUCUUUGGUAGCAUAAGCCAGAUUACCUGUCUGUGUGGUGGCGUGUGCCUGCGGUGCACGCGUGCGUGAGCACAGCUAUCUACCAGUUCAUUUACCCACAACACCUGUAUAUGCAUGCAUAUACAACUGAGUGGGUAGACUUAUGUGUUCAUUCAGGGUGUGUGUGUACAUGUGCGUGUGUGUGUGCGCGCAUAGAAUAUAUACUACUCUCAGAGGAGAUUCUGUUGCUUUCGAAUAGGAAUUUGUUUUGUGAUUAGUUCUCCCCCUUCCCCAUCCCUUACAGAUGUUAAGCAGCUAUGAGACGUUCUCUGUACCAGCUCUGGUCUCCUUUUGACUAGACCCUGGCUCUGAACCCUGAGCAUAGUACUGCGCACUCUGUGGGCACUCAAUAAAUGCACCU